UAACAAUAAAAAGGAAAAAAUAAAAAAAUUCUUGCCAGCUACCAAGAAGAAGUUUCAAAGUAGUUGGCAAGUUUUGAAAUCAAAAUUCUAAAAAGGACACACCAUAUUAUGUGUAUAGCAAACUGAAAGUGAGUUAGAAAGAUAACCUCGAACAACCAAGAAUCUAGAGAGAGAAAGAAAAAGAGAAAGGGUAGCUGUAGCUAAAGUUCAGUUCUUGUAUUGUAAUUUGCUUUUGGUUUUUGUUGCAGCUUUUCUGAUAAUGGUCUAUGGAAGAUUCAGAACACCAGUUGAGGUGAAAAAGUAAUGCUAGAACCAUGGGGAAGAAAGGCAGUUGGUUUUCUGCUAUCAAAAGGGUGUUUACACCCAGCUCUAAGGAGAAGCUACCCAAUGAAUCAGAGAAGAAAAGUGCUAAGGAAAAGAAAGGUCGCGGAAAACUGAAGCAUGGAGAGAACAAAUCAUUUAUUCCUCUCUUCAGAGAGCCAAGUAGUAUUGAGAAAAUACUGGGAGAAGCAGAUGAACAAAAACUACUUACUCCAAGAUUCACUUUACCUAGUGUCGACUCUCCUCGGGCUUCUUCUUAUAGAGUUGCCUCUCCUACUGCUACUUCUCCAAGAGUUGCCUCUCCUAAGGUUUCUUCCCACAGGCUUAAUUCUCCGAAGGCUGCCUCUCAAAGGGUUACUUCUCCUAAGGUCCCGACUCCAAGGAUUUCUUCUCCUAAAGCUACUUCUCCUAAGGUUAAUCGAAAUCGCAAAGAAAUCAGCUAUGCUUAUAGACCAGAACCAACUUUGAGGAAUCUCCAGCUUUCAGCAACCAAGAUACAGGCAGCCUACAGAGGUUACAUGGCAAGGAGGAGUUUCCGAGCAUUGAGGGGUUUAGUAAGGCUUCAAGGAGUGGUGAGGAGUAGUAAUGUAAAAAAGCAAACAGCAAAUGCCAUGAAGCAGAUGCAACUUCUGGUUAGGGUCCAAACUCAAAUUCAGUCAAGGAGGAUCCAAAUGUUGGAAAACCAGGCACUUCAACACCAAGCAUACAGGAACGAUAAGGACGUUGAGAGCAUCACGAGCAAAUGGACUCAGCUGUGUGAGGCAGGUAACCAUGAUAAUUGGGAUGAUAGUUUGCUAACCAAAGAAGAAGUAGAAGCAAGGAUGCGGAAGAAAGUGGAGGCAGUCAUCAAAAGGGAGAGAGCAAUGGCAUAUGCCUAUUCUCACCAGCUAUGGAAAGGUGAUCCAAAAUCGGCUCUGGACAUGGGAGCUAGUGGAUUGUGGUGGAAUUGGUUUGAACGCCAGCCACCUUCUGAAAAUGCAUACAAGGGCCAAUCUACUGUGAAAGAUAUCAACCUAACAACACCAAGAACGAUUUCAGAGCACAAACCAAGUCCAACUCCGCUAAACAAUAAUUUGAGACACCUAUUCUCGGAGUACAAUAAUCAUGAAUCGGUCACACCAGCAAGGGCAAUUUCAGAGCACAAACCAAGUCCAACACCUCUAAACAACAAUUUCAGACGCAUACUCUCUGAUUACGAUAACCAUGAAUCGGUCACACCAAUGUCAACCAAGUCAGCAUUUCCAACAAGGGGAAAACAAAUGCAUACUCCAAGUAGAACACCACCAGUGAACAGCUCAAGUCUAAGAAAGUAUUCAAGAACCAGAGCUAGUGCUACUAACUACCCUUUUGAUCUUCCAUUGAAGGACGACGAUAGCCUCACGAGCUGCCCUCCCUUUUCGGCUCCACAUUACAUGGCACCUACUGUCUCAGCUAAAGCUAAACUCAGAGCAAGUAGCAAUCCUAAGGAGAGAAUUUCAUCAAAACCAUCCAGUGACACAAAGAAAAGAUUUUCCUUCCCUUUGACUCCAAAUAUUUGGUCUUCCAAAUGGAGCAAAGGUUCUGGAAAGGAUUCUGCUUCUCGAAAAGAAGUCGAUAAACAAGAGUCUAUGGCGGAUCAUAUAAGUGUGGAUUCAACUGUCUCAAUGCCCGCAGUAGUUGGGAGGAGACCAUUUAACAGAUUUGUGUGAUUGUUCUUUGCAUGUUCUCUUUUUUUUCUUUCAUUUUUUUUGCGGAACAUUCUUAUUAAUGAGUGGGUAUGUUCACAGAAUAGUUGAUGUACAAUAACGAAGUGGCCAUAAGAAGAUUUUACUAUGAUUGAGUGUACUCAUUCUUUUUCAUCUUAUAUAUCACUGACAAUGGAUUUGUGUUUGGACA